AUGCCUAUUAAUACUAAGGAACAAAGAAAAGAUACUAAUGAGGUUGAAACAAAUGUCAUAUCAAAUGGAGAAUAUAGUCUCGGGAGGAAAAGAGGAAGACAAAACACAAAAGAGAUUAAUGAAGGAGAAAGAAAGAUAAAUGCUAGUAAUGUAACAGUUACGCGAAAGGACUGCAUAGAAUGGACAAUAAAUCUUCAUGGUAAAUUUGUGGAAGCUACACAACAACUUGGUGAAAAAAGUUGUUUGCCGGAAAAUAUUGUUAAGGAGAUGAAUGUGUCCGGUCUUACCAAGAAUCAAGUUUCAAGCCAUCUUCAGCAACAACAACAGUUGUGCCGCCCACAACUUCAGGCUCAACCCCACUACCUUAACCCUUUUUUGUCUUCACAAAAUAAUGUUGAUGGUCGGAUACAAAAUAAUGGACCAUUAUUUGGUUCACAAGGACCAAUUAUUAGGAGCACCAAUUAUAAGCCUUGUUUGGAGUAUAAUAGUUGUGAUCAUCACAAUUACAACAUGGAUGUCAAUGCGGCCCAUGUACCAACAUAUUCAAGUAGUCCAAUGGCGUUCAAUACAAAUAUUGGAGAUGCGACAGUUAAUAGAUUGGGAACAAUAAAUACUAAUUUUCCACAAGAUGUUCGUGAACAAAACAUGUCUAGUCCAAGCAACAUUGUCACGGCAUCAAAUGCAGUUGAUAUUGAAGGAAAUGACUCAAAUGAGAAGGAAGAUUGUGAUUUGUAUUUCAAUUACAAUGAUUAUCUCAAGUGUUUCAACAACGAAGAAGAUAAAGAGGACAAAUGA